AUGGCGAGGAGAGCCACAAAAUGGGCUCUGGAGGGCAUCUCCGUGCCACCGUUGCCCGGCAUCUCAAGCCCCGGUGACCCCAUGGACCACCCGCUGCACUGUGUUGAUUGGAUCCGGCAGGCUCUGAUGUGUAACGUGGACCUGUCUCUGGAUGCCACUGAGGAUUUCUGGACGUUUGGUCAUGAAAGCCGCCACAACUGCCGUGACUUUAUUGCUGUGCUUUCAUGGACCGAGGAGAACCGUUACCGGGGCUCGCUCGCAGAUCUGCGGAAAAUAACCCCAGCAAUGCCCGCACCGUGGUUACAGGAUUAA